UCCGCUCGCCCCCUAAGAUGGCGGCGCCGCGCUCACGUGGUGCUCGCUGAGGGGGAGGGAGCGGGGCGGCUGUGGGCGACAUGGCGGCGGUAGAGGGAGUGGAGGGGGGCGAGAGGAAAGAGGAGGACGAAGAAGAGGUGGAGGAGCAGCUGGUCAUGGUGGAGCUGUCAGGAAUUAUCGAUUCAGACUUCCUAGAAAAAUGUGAAAACAAAUGCAAGAUUUUGGGAAUAGAGACAGAGAGGCCCAUUUUACAAGUGGACAGAUAUGUCUUUGCAGGGGAAUACGAAGAUGCCUUGGGAACCUGCGUGGUUUUUGAAGAAAACACAGAGCAUGUAGAUGCAGAAGGCAACCAAAAAGUACAGCUCAAGUACAAGUGCCAUACAAUGAAGAAAUUGAAUAUGACACGGACACUUCUGACAGAGAAGAAGGAAGGAGAAGAGAAUGUUGAUGGUGUGGAGUGGUUACAGAUCAAGGACAGAGACUUCCCCUACAGCAGGCCUAAUAUGAUUUGUAGCUUUCUGCAUGAAAAGGAAGAUUCUGAUGAGUCAGCUCAGGCCCCAGACAAACUAGCUGAAGAGUCAGAAGGAGAAGCAAGUGACAAAGGAAAUUCUGACACGAACUGUGAUCAGGCCCAAGACAAACUAGCUGAAGAGUCAGAGGGAGAGGGGAGUGACAGAGGAAAUUCCGACAUGAACUGCGAUCCGGAAAAGCAGCACAGCUUGGAAAUGGAUGCCUCUUCUCUUCCUCUGCCUCUUAGUCCUGCUUCUGAGGCAGAGGGUUCUCCUUCUGGAAGUGUUGCCUUAGAUGAUGCCCCUCCGUGAUGUCAGUUCUCAUCUCUUCAGGAUUUCUUCAUGGAAUUAAAUGGGCCAGCUUUUAAAGACCAAAUGUGUAGGCCAUGACAUGAUUUCCAAUUUAUCUGAGCAAUUAGCAGGGGGGAAAAACUGAUUAUGUUCUUGUGCAUUCCUUUUGUGUUUGGAGUAGAGUGGGGAGGGGUUUAGUGCUUUGUUUUUUUUUUAAAUGCCAAUUGGAAAUGUGUGUAUCUCUACCUCAAAUUGAAAAAGAGGAAACAGCUACAUAAUUUUUAAAAAAUGCCUUUGAAAAACAUUGUUGUAUUGUACUGUUUGGGAUGCUUUGUAAAAGGGGGAAAAACAUUGUUGAAAGUCCUGAAAUUCAGGUAUAGCCUCACCUGGUGUGUAAUAUUCAGCUGCCUGCUGCGUCUGUUCUUGUACUGCACUGACUGAAAGAAAAAUUCAAAUAAAGGUGGCUUUUGUAAGGUUUGA